CUCCCGGGACUUUCUCUGCUGCUGAGUUUCUUGGACAGGAGUCCCGAGGAGGGGGCUUCUUCCCGCGGAGGAGGAGGGAGCAGGAGCAGAGCCCGGACCUCGCACCACCCUUCCUCCUCCUCCUCCUCCUCCUCCUCCUCCUCCUGCUGCUCUUUCCCCGGAGCAGCCGAGCCGCCAAGCCCUCCACCCCGACGGCCACAGCCAGCCUCCUUGCAGACAUGUCGGAACCCGGCACCCGGAGCACAGCGGCAGCGGACAAGGAGCCCCGCAACCUGGUGGCCCAGCUGCUUUCGGGGCUGCGUUGGGGCCGCCUGGAGGAGCCCCUGGGAUUCAUUAAAGUCCUGGAAUGGCUCUUUGCCAUUUUUGCCUUUGGAGCCUGUGGUUCUUUCAGUGCAGAAACAGGGGCUACUGUGAAAUGCACUGCAGAUCCUAAAGAGACGACUGCUAUCACUGUGCAGUUUGGAUAUCCCUUCAGGUUGUACAAAGUUCCAUUUGAAAUGCCAGACUGUCUUGCAGGAUCUACUGCUAAAAGGGUGCUGCAUCUCAUGGGAGACUUUUCAGCACCUGCAGAGUUCUUUGUGACCUUGGGCGUUUUUUCCUUCCUGUACACCAUGGCAGCUCUUGCAGUCUAUCUACGAUUUCACUCCCUCUACAAAGAGAAUAAAAAGCUACCUUUUGCAGAUUUCUGUGUCACCGUCUCAUUUACCUUUUUCUGGCUAGUGGCAUUUUCAGCUUGGGGCAAGGGCCUAUCAGAUGUGAAAGGAGCCACGAGGCCUUCCAGUCUCAUUGCUGCCAUGUCAGUGUGUCAACUCAAAACUGCUGUGUGCAAUGCUGGGGCUACUCCUUCUAUGGGCCUGGCCAACAUUUCUGUGCUGUUUGGUUUUGUCAACUUUAUACUGUGGGCUGGAAACUGCUGGUUUGUUUUUAAAGAAACCCCUUGGCACACACAGACCACCAACAAGGAAAGUUCUGCUGAACAAGGAGCUGUUGAUAAGCAAUAAGGAACCUUCCCCUCACUCCUGAAGCCUCCUCUUUCCCUACCAAAGAAAAAACAGACAGUGCCUUGUCUCGCCUAUAUCUUCAUUCAUUUCACAGCAGGGCAGGAAAUAAUGCCUUGUCUGCCAUCUUCACUGCUGUCCAACAGUCAUACUGACUUCCCUCUGUGACUGUUACGGGAUGCCUUGCUCCAGCUGAAACCAGAGGUGCUCUUGUGGUCCUAAACUGCACACAGUUUCAACAAAAUAUUUCUUUAUUUGAAUUUUAUAUAUAUAUACAUAUACAUAUAUGGUAUUGUACAUAAAAAUAUUGGCCGCCAGUCCUAGGAUAUGUGGCAUUGGUUUCCUCACAGCUGUUUCUGACCAGGUUAUAAAGGGGUGGGGGGAAGCUGGUAGCACAGAAAGAACUACAGUACUGGUGCCAUAGAAGUGGGGCAUCUAGGUAUCUUUGAGACAACAUAUAUGUUAUGCAUUGCAGCCAUAAUAAAAGCAGAAACAGAAAUAUGCCAUCUAGGUUUAUGCAGCAAAAUAAAGAAGAAAAGAGUAUUUUUAUUUUUAUUACAUAGGAAGGAGAGUAUGUUGCAUUCCCCCCCCCCCCCCCGUUCCAUUAUAGGCAGAAUGUGCUAAACAUUUCAGCUUCCCUUGAAUUCAAUUGGAUUAAAGCUUAAGGCAUUGUUUGCCUGCAGGUGGCUAGUUCACUGUUGCAUGGCAAAGAUCUGUUGUUUCUUUUCUUUUAUCUUUGGUCAUACAUGAAUGUAUAUUAUGUCCAUGCUGAACUAGAAGUGCUCCUGCCAGUGUGCAGUACUUAUCAGAUGCUGGCCUCUGUGUCUGAUGCGUAUAACAAAGAGGUAGUAUCAGGGAAUAUUUUUAACACUCAAUAGAUGAAAACCCUAGGCAUUUGUAUCAGUGUUUUCCUGAGUUUUUGUUUUCUUUAAAUACAACUAGUCAGCUUCUAUGAAUAUAAAAACCUAAAGAAAUUUUGUUUAGCUUCUAGGAUGGCAGGUUAUAAAACUUGGGCCCAAGAGGCUUAGGGCAUUCAUUUCCAGGCUAAAAAACAUGCAGAGAUAAGAUGGAAUUCUGCACAUAUUACACUAGGCAGAAUCUUUGUGGUUUGUAACCUUUGUAUUGGCUCUAACCCUAGAGUUAACAACACCUGUUGAUCCCUAAAUGUUGUGGCAUUGAUGGUUUGUCAUGGAACUCUCAUAUUCUUGGCCACAUGCCCUUUAGCUCCACUGUGGCAGGAGACAGCUGGCAGUAGAAUUUAAGGAACAUUGAUAGAGACUUGAGGUAUCUCAAGGCUCUCAAGUGAACACAGGAGUUUUAAAUAAAGUUCCUAAGCUACUUGGAUGCCCCUCAAUAAGAAGAUGGGACCACCAGAAUGUGGUUAGGGCAGUAUUAGUUCUAUCUUCUUUCCCUGCAUCUUUUAAAUUGUAAGUACAACUUGCUUUGUCGCAUAUGUGAAGCAGGUAAUUCAGUAGAGAUGAGCUGUCUCACUGUGACUUUCUUCCUUUUAUUGAUCCUGCCAUUGAUGCAAGCAGAAGGCUGGAACCUAACACUAGGUUUUCUCUGAACAAUGCUUGGUACCCAUUUUCUCAAGCAUGUGUGAGUAAAUAAAGAAGGCGGCCCCCCAAACCCUUAGAUUCCAGUGCCUCCAAUGUGUUUAAUACUGGAUGGGGGAAAAUAGGUUUUGGGAGUGGGGGAAUACAAAAAGAAGGGAAGUGUGAGUUCUUUCUCUGCUGAAUUAAACCUUUCACAUCAGA